CGAAUCGGACGUCUUAUAUUGAAAUGAGCAUACAAGAUCAACCGCACUGAAAAAAAUUCCAGUGACAGCACCACAUUCCUCUCGAGUCUCGACGACCUCCGUUCGUCUCUUUUCCUUUUUCUUCUACGUUCAGAUUCUCUCUUUGGGAAGCCCUAAAAUUUCCCAACUAGAGUUUUACUCUUAAAAUAAGCAUCAUUUUUGUUCACCUUUCAGAAGUCAUUACCGAAAGAACCGAUUAAUCGAUCUUUAACUUGUCUAGGGUUUCUUCAUGGCAGAACCUUCGCGUGGUCGUGUUACUAUUACUCUCGGUCGUACUGGUCAGGUGGUGAAGAGGGCUGGACCUGCUUCCGGUGGUGAUUUUUCUGAUUCUCAUCCUGUUUCUGGAAGUAAGCGGUCUGUAAGGGAUAGGUUGGGGGGCAACGGAGAUAGUUCUUUGUUGCACGGGAGACAGCUGAAUAACAAACGACAAAGAGGUGAUGGCUAUACUUCAAGCUUGAAUGCCAAUGGCUUGAAUGCUGUUCACAUUGGUAAAAAUGACCUUCGAUUUAAACUCAUGCAAAAGAAUGUGCUUAACCAAGCUCGGAGUGAUGAAAACCAGAAGGAUAUGGAUCUUCGUGAAAAGUUGUCAAGAAUGGGACAGCCUUAUGAGAAACAUCAAAUGCCUGAUUCUAGGGAGCGAAUUCCUGAACUGGGGGCGAGAGUGGGGUCUAGGGAAACUAGUAUAUUGAGCAGAAUUCCUUCCACAAGAAAUGCGAAUGAUUUGCCUCGUGUUACCACUUCAAGAAGUUCUUAUUCUCCUUGGACCUUAGAUCAUCUAAGACAACGUUCUCCAGAAAGAGUAAUGGGUGCUUCUAGAGGUUUAUCUCCCCAAAGAAAUGUUGGAGAGAUUCAGAGAAGGCAAGUAAGCAGGACAAUUGAUGAUGUCAGAACAGUUUCAUACAUGGGCAAAGAUGUUCUUGAUGCUCCAGGGCCUGUGAGUACAACAUCUUUCGUUACGAAGUCCAGAUUGCCAACCACUUCAGCAAAACCCAUGCCACCACCAGGCCCCAAAAUUCCAUGUCCGAUUCCCCCUCCAAGUAGCAUUUUACAAAACCCUUCAUUCACGGGUGUUGAACAACAAACUGUUGAAGGCUUGCUGCAGUCACUAGGGCUGGGGAAGUAUGUGAUCACUUUCAAGGCAGAAGAAGUAAGUGAUCUAUUGCCUUCAAUUCUUAGUAGACAUGACUGCACUGAAGCAGAUGGGGGAAAACGACCUUAAAGAGCUAGGAAUACCAAUGGGCCCGAGGAAAAAGAUUCUUCUUGCUCUCUUGCCCCGCUCCAGAAGGCAGCCGUGAUUUUUCCUUCAUACUCAUCGCUCUUUCGCAAUGAAAACCGUUGUCUCUCUCUUUCCGGGACGCUUGAAUCAGUUGUCAAGUUAAGGCUGAUCAAAAUAUUUGUUGGUGGCAAGAAAUUUUUAAGAUGCGUAGAAAUGGUUAAUGCGUGUUGAUUUUUUUUUUCUAUCAAUAGAUUUAGCGUUUCUCGUGCA